AUGCAGCGCAAAGCUCUCAAACAGUUGAACAAGGUUACACAAUGGACCAACGAGAAGGUCUUCUCGGGCGAGAAGACAGAGUUCUCUGAGGACUUUGCCGAGUUUGAGGCCGAAAUCGAGCCGCUCAAGAUUGGCGUUGAGCGCCUCCAUGCUACCUCCCAAGCAUUCUACGACCACUUGUCCAAGCUCAAGCCGAGCGCGGACCCACACCCGCCCGCUGGCUCGGGCAAGGACAAGAUGCGAGUGUCCGAGGCGCUCGGACUCGUCAUGAUAGAUUAUGGCAAUGACGCAGGCGGCGCAUUUGGUGACGCACUCAUUCAGUUUGGACGUGCGCGUGUCAAGAUUGCAGGCGUACAGGACGAAUUCAGCCUACGCCUGCAGGAGGGCUUUAUCUCCAACACUGAGGCGUCCCUGGAGGGUGUCAAUGAGUACAAGGCGUAUCGCCGGAAGAUGGAUUCACGACGAUUGACUCUUGAUUCGGCUUUGGCUCGGAUGCGCACGAGUAAGAAGGAGAACCCGGUGUUGGAGCAGGAGGUCGAGAUUGCGCAACUGCGACUUGAUGAGGCUGAGGAGGACACUGCCCUCCAGAUGCAGAACAUUAAGAAGCAGGAGGUCGAGCAGUUUACUGCGCUGACCGACUGGCUCGACGCCGAGCUCGAGUACUUUGCGUCGUGCAAGGAGAUCCUUGGCGACCUGCGUGCAUCGUUCCCUUCGAGCCACGAGCCAUCAGCAUCGCGCGCCAGAGCCAAGUCGAACGCGUCUGCCCGCUCGUCAGGUAGAACGCCAACGCGCUCUACGUACGCCAAGCGCCCCGACUCGGACGAGGAUCUCGAAGUAUACUCGCCUACGAAGCGGCGGGACAGCAAGGUUGAGGGGCGCGCCCGCAGCAAGUCGCAGUCGCAGGUCGAGGUCGAGGACCGGCCGCGGUCGGGUUCAAAAUCGCGGCCGCAGGUAGAGGGAAGAGAACGGAGCAACAGCACGGCGUCGGCUGGCGCAGCCAAGCCGAAGAAGGGCAUCAUGGCGACGAUCGGGUCGUUCGGGAUGAAGAGUGCCAACUCGGCUGGCAAGAGCGCUUCCAAGGCGGCCAGCAAGGGCAAGAGCGCCUUUGGUAGAUCCAAGUACGGCAACUUGAGUGACGAGGAGCGCGAGCGCGUUGCCCUCGACAGCGACGAUGACCCGUACAAGCGAUCGAGCCCGUCGCCUACGCUUAACCGCGCGCGCUCGCAGAGUGUCGCGAGUGUUGUGACUGGCCUGGGGCCGCUGUCUCCACCAGACACACGGCGGCGUGCACUCACGUCCCCGCCAUCGCCCGCUGGGCGGUGGGUGAAAGUUCUAUUCGACUACGAGGGCCGGGAAACGGACGAGCUGCCCCUCCGCCGUGGUCAGCUCGUUGAGGUGACGGCCGAGGUGCCAGGGAGCACAGAUUGGCUGAUCGGUGAGUCGAACGGCCGAUCGGGCAUGUUCCCCAAAGCCUACACUGAGGAGGUGGAGGACAAGCCUGUUGUACCGCAGCGUCCGUCGCUGCCGAAGGCUCGCUCGCUCCCACCCAGGGAGUUUAGAAAGAGCGUGGCACCGAUGCCGCUGGGCCACAGCCCUAGCCGGAGCACGCUGAACAGCACCCUCGACUCAGGCAGCGAGCACGGCGAGGUCGACGACGGCUCGGCGUUAGUUUCCACGCCAGCCUCGCCAGCGACAGGACGGUCGCGUGCUGGAAGCACUGCGCGUAAGCCGCCUCCACCCCCACCGAGUAGGCGCAUGACGGGUGGCCGGUCACGCUCGUCGACGCUAAGCAAGACACCGAUGGCGAGCGACGAGGACAAGAGCCAGGGCUCAGGCCGCUCGGGCCAGAUGUCGCCGCCACGGUUCACUCCGCAAGUGCAGGCAGCGCGUAGUCCGUUCGAGCAUAGCGACGACGACGAUGCGCCCCUCAGCCACGGGCUUGGCGCGAUGCACAUCCGCCAGGGCGGCAACGGGCGGGCGCGCGCAUGCGGUGUGUGUGGAUGUGCGGACUUUACGCAGAACGUGUUCAAGGCGAACGGCGUUUGUGCGACGUGCUUCCACACGCACUAG